AAAUAAAAUAAAGGGGCCACAAUUGUUCAGUUUGUAUGAAACAUAGGUAUGGGAAGCAAUUCAAAUUCAGCUUAAUUACACAUACACACACAGUCUCACUUCACACAAGCAGCACUCAUUAAACUGAGGAAUGUCAGAACCAACGAGCACGUAAACUUGGUUACCCAGAUGUGCUGCUCAACUGACUUUCCACGGUAUUACACAAGUAGUUUGCCUUAUAAUUUUGCGGUCAAGCUCCUUAACUCCUUAAAAAAAGAAAAACGCAGCAGCACCACCAACUACGCAUUAACACGUCAUCACGUGGUGCUAUGAAUGAGAUGUAAUUCUGUUUUCUACCAUCCCGCUGCGUUGUCAACAGUCCCUUCUUAACCAAGAAAGAGCGACGUGAAGGAAACUGCCGCUACACAGCUCAACCACGCCAAAAAGCCAAGACUGCACAGCCCUUUACGUCCUUGCAGGUGCGCAGGUUAAACACCGCUGCGAACAGCGGAAAGCAAAAACGCUUAGUCUUUAAAGCGAGGAAGCUCUGCUCCGUCAUGACGAUUCGCUUUUCAACAGCGAAUCAAAACCGAAAACGCCUCUGGCCCUUAGCAGGUACUGAGCCGCCAUUGCUGUCUGAGACGGCACCGUUGUGUCCAGCAGGCCACAGACUGCAAUCGACAUUUGUAAAUAAGGGCUGCUUUCUUUCACACUUGGAAAGGCUGACCUACCACGGACUGGAAUUAAUCCCUACCUCGCUCAGCUGCCGGGUGUUCUGAGUAGUCCCGUCAAGCACGCGAGGCCGAGACCUGCAGGGGCAGCAGACGGAGCUGUGCCCCCGAGUGCCAGGCUCUCCCCGACGCCCCGCGCGGACCCUGCGGCUGUGAUGCGCUGAGAAGAUGUCGGACAGCGCCAGCAGCGUGGCCGAGGCCCAGCCCCUGAAGGCGGAGGAGAGGGAGGGCCCGCCAGCCCCCCAGAAGAAGCAGGGGGGCUGCCGGGCCGGCUCGGGCCUCUCGCGCCUGUCCCACUGGCGCACGGCUGCCUUCUUCCUCUCGCUCUUCCUCUGCCUCGCCAUCGUCUUCGCCUUCUCCUUCAUCAUCCCCUGCCCCGUGCGGGCCGUCUCACUGCGGACCUGGAACAGGACCUUCGCCGACGCUGGAGCGUACAACUUUCUGGCAAUAAUGGACGUCAACAGAGACAAAGUUAUGGACGUGGUUUUUGCCUACAAGGACUCGACUGGCAGCCUGAAUACAACGUGCAGCGAUAAGAAUCUGUCCUCCCCUUGCGUGGUCUUGGCCGCGGCGUCGGGGACAAACGGCAGCCCGCUGUGGGAGCGCCCCCUGGAGGCGGAGCUGCGCUGGGCGCAGUGUGGCGUGGAGGGGCUGGGGGGGCUGGACACGGCAGGCUGCCUGGUUUCGCACUCCAGCUUCCUGACGGCCGUCGACCAGCACCGAGGACAGGUGUUGUGGACCGUGCCCGGGCCUCCAGGGCUGGACCUCCAGCUCCCGGUUCUGACUGCUCCGGACCUGGAUGGGGACGCGGUGCAGGACGUGGUCCUGAUCGGAGUGACCCAGAACAUGACGAAGGCCAUCAUUCUGUCGGGUAAAACGGGCAGCGGGAUGGGCGCGGAGGUGGUCCUGGAACAGGAAGCAGUAUCGGGACACCUCCUACACACGACCGAACGGGGCGCCCCCUACGUGCUUCUCCAGACCGGAUCUGGGGUGCAGGGGUACGCGCUGAGGACCAUCGCCGCCCAGGCGGAGGAGGGCAGCGAGACGAGGCUGAAGACGGACUCGCAGUGGGAGGCCAAGGCCGGCCCAGGGGGGCGUGUGCCCGUGGACAGGUCCAGCUCGGUGCGCUACCUCACGAAGGCGGCGCAGAGGAGUGGGGUCCCGCACUUGCUGGUGGUCACCGCGGAGCACACCAGGAUGAUCCACGGGCAGAGCCUGGAGACGCAGUGGACGGUCAACGCCAGCGGCGUGCUGAGUGAACCGUCUUUUGGAUACUUCAGCCGUGACAGCAGGGAUGAGACCCCUGAUGUGGUGAUCGAAGCGGACGUUGGCCACGGCAUGAAGAAGGUCCUGAUCCUGGAUGGGAGUUCAGGGGCCGUGCUGUGGGAAGAGACGAUGGUUCACCGGGCCGGCAGCCCCAGACCAGCCUCCGUCAACACGCUCAGCUACAACUCGGUGUUCGUGUUCUGGGGAGCCGCGGCCAGGGGGAACGGCACCUCUGCAUCCCCGAAGGAACGCUUCAUGUACAUGCUACACCCUUCCCAGCCCGACGCGCUCCUGGAGAAGAGCAGCACCCCCGACCCCAUCGCGGCCUUCAAGGCGGCGCUGUUCGAGAAGGGCCGGCACGCCUGCCUGGUGCUGCUGACGGGGCCGGAGGGGCAGGGCGCGGCGGGCGAGGUGACGCUGGCCAAGCGCAAGCUGAAGGACGACGUCCCGGAGAGCCGGGUGCUGUGGCUCCGCGGGGGCGGCGGUCCCAGCAGAGACCAGGAAGUCCGGGAUUUCUUCAACAACCUGCGCUUCAAGCAAGACCACUGAUGAGGAGCGCGGGCCCCCCCAACGCCCAUCGCUACCGGGGCCGUCCGAAACACGCCGACGGCCCCCACCGGGGCCAAGCGCAGGUCCCGGGACUUCCCAGCGUCCCCCGAUCACAGAGGGCGAUGAUGUUCAGCUGCCGGGAGCGGCUUUCAAUUAACGCUGAUUCUUCCUGUCUUCUAGCGAGCUGCAGACGUUUUAAAAGCUGCACGAGCUACUGUACGUUUUUUUCUUGAUGCUGUGUUGUGGACAGGGCGGGGGGCCAUCUUGGAUCUAAAUGGCACAACCGCUGACGGCUGCCGCAAGUCCAGACCUUUGCGGUGGGCUGCGGUGUUGGGAAGUGUGGAUAUUCUAUCCGAGGUGUUGGAAAGGAAACUUUGUAGGAGAAGCACUUGGUGGGGGGAAAAACUAAUACCAAAGAAAAUUUACCAGCAGAACGAGUUAAUCCACUGAUUUGCAGAUCGGUUGGAGUCUUUUUUUUUUUUCAGAACCACAAAGGACUUUUCAUCAUUUCCUUGGCAAUCCUUUUACCUUCACGUUUUUUUUUCCUCUUGAAUUUGGAUCAAAAAGCUGCUGCGUUGUUUCUAGAGGGAGAGAAAUAUUCUGCAGUGCUGUUUUCUUGUUGUGUGAGUGUGCCUUGAUUGGAGGGGUUUUGUGUGUAUGGGCGUGUUGUCUUGGUUUGGCAGAUGUACAACCCAGAAACUUGGCGAGGGGAUACAAGGAGCGCUUGGGGUCGCUCUCGGCAUGUCUCCUUGAGUCCUGAUUCUCCACCCCUGUACCCUGUCAACCAGUCUCUUUCAGACCUGCGUCACUCCAACAGGAAUAAUCCCAGUGUGGGCCACAGGACAUAUUGAAUGCUAUACCCUGCUUACGAUGUAGUCAGUCUAACUGUGAUUUGUAUGGCUGUCUGUACAUUAAUACAGUACAAAGCUAUGAAAAUGAAGCAAUCUAUAAAUAUUAUCUUUGUGCAAUACCAAAAAGCUAUCAAACAAUAAGGAUGAUGCACAAACUAGCAAAGCCCCCAGCAGAUGGGGAAUGUGUACUUUUGAAGAAGCAGCGAUGGCCUCACAGCAGGUUUUAACUGCAUUCCAGAACUGGUUUAGAGAGUACUAGUAUGUAAAUCCAUCUUUAGUCUUUACGCUGUCCUGCUGGCCUCGGACUGUUCCCUGAGCACGGUUCCACUGCAUGGCUGUUUGCUGUUAUUUAUUUUGACAUGAUGGUUCUGUAAAAGUUUAGAAUUUGUUGUAGUCAAGCUGUUGUUUACUUGAUUCAAUGAGCAAUAUAAAUACAGCUUUUCAGAGCUGGAUUGCUUUAAAAUGUAUUUAGUUUGCUUCUGAAAAUGUCAAUAUAUUGAGUUUCAAAAAUGUAGUGGUGUGUAGACUCUGAAAGAGACCAGAUGGGGGAAUUAUAUACUGUAAAAUUCUAUUUCUGUUUUUUGUUUCCCCCUCUGAAAUUGAGAGAAAUAUUUGUUCUAAUAAAUUUGAAAAGGGCUUUUUAAAGAGGUG